GGGAAAAAUGGAUUAGAAGACCAUGGAAGUAGAGAAGAAAGUAGUUGAAAAUUGCAAAGAGGAAGAGAUGGAGACAAUAAUCAGCAAAAAGAAGCAACUUGGAGGAAUCAAAACUAUGCCAUUUAUACUGGCAAAUGAAGUAUGUGACCGAUUUGCCGGCGUUGGUUUUCAUGCCAACAUGAUAACAUACCUGACACAGGUGCUAAACUUGCCUUUCUUGGCACUUCCAGUUUCACUCCACUUAUUGGUGCUCUUAUUGCUGAUUCUUAUGCCGGCCGAUUUUGGAUAAUUAUCAUUGGUUCCAUUAUUUAUGAGCUGGGGAUGAUAAGUAUUACCAUAUCAGCAAUCAUGCCACAGCUCCGUCCUCCACCAUGUCCAACACAGCAGAACUGCGUAGAAGCUUCCCAUCUGCAGCUUUGGGUUCUUUAUGUUUGUCUUCUCCUGACAUCUAUAGGUGCUGGGGGACUUAGGCCUUGCGUUGUCACCUUUGCUGCUGACCAAUUUGACUUGAAAAAAUCUAAACAUGAUCAGUCUCAAAGUUGGAAUUUCUACAACUGGUAUUAUUUCUGCAUAGGAGUGGCUACACUUGCUGCUCUAACCAUAGUAGUCUAUAUCCAAGACAAUGUGAGUUGGGGUUUGGGUCUAGGACUUCCUACCAUUGCCAUGGCAUUAUCAAUUGUUUCUUUUGUCGUAGGGUCAUCUCUUUACAGAAAAGUAAAACCAGGAGGAAGUCCUUUGAUUAGAUUGGCACAAGUUAUUGUUGCCUCAGUGAAGAAAAGGAACGUCGUUGUUACUGAUCCUGCUUUAUUAUAUCAGAACAGAGAGGUGGAUGCUAUUAUCUUAUCUGAUGGCAGGCUUCUGCACACUAAUCAGUUCAGGUAAGAGCAUUUCAGAAUA